AUGGGUUGUCUAACUGCUAUGGAUAGGAUUGGCGCCGUCCUUUAUACAUCUUAUCUACAAGUCCUUGGUGCUUUGUACGAACCAGCGUCUCAAGGCAUCAAACGCGUAUACCCACCUGCUCCACCUUCAAGCACAUUUGCAGCUGGACUUAUAGCGGGCACAAUUCAGUCAAUAGUAGCGGCUCCUCUGGAUGCGCUUCAGGUCCGCCUCCGAGCGAGUGACUUGCUAGAGGGCCCCUACAAGAGCAUGUGGCAUUAUGGCCGCCAUAAACUCAAUCAAAUUGGGGUGCGUGGUAUCUUCGCAGGGUGGGGCUUAUCCUUCACGCGCGACGCUUUUGGUUAUGCAGUAUUUUUCUCUUUCUUUGAGUUCGUGAAGUCGCAAGCCUACUAUUCAUUUCUGACCUGGUACUACGGCUCACGGCGGACUCAUUACGUGGAACAGUCACAGCACAUCCAGUCGAGUGACCGCGGUGUACCGCUCAUAAGACCACAUUAUGCUCUGGAGCCAUGUUUCUUGAUGGCUGCAGGUGUUGCAGCUUCAAUUGCUCAACAGAGUAUACAGCACCCGCUAAGUGCUAUUCAAAGCCUCCAUGUUGCCCGCUUGGAAUACAUUGACCAUCAGGCGAGUCUUCAUCCUUCAAAAAGGGAAAUGCUACGCCUGUACUACUCUGCAUACCAAGAAACCUUGAAAAGAUGCAGGAGGAAGGCAUAUAGGGCAGGUGGCUGGCGUCGUUGGUUGUUUCGUGGGUUUGCAAGGGACGCUAUUCGUCAGGUACCUAGCACUAGUGCAGGCUUGGUGAUAUUCGAGGUGGUGCGUCGUAAGUACGCUAAUAUGGCAGACGCUGUAUAUAUCCAGAAAGAUGGUUAUGACAUUCUUUUAGCAUGA